UCGAACAUCAUGUCGUCCAAAAUGAACGCCGGAGCCAUAAAGCGAAGUUCAUCCGUAAGAAUUGAGCACGACGGGUGAUGUGCAGAUAAGUGGGCUGAUCAAAUCUAGCAUUUAUCGUGUUUUAUUAAAAUAGUUGCAUUUUCGAGCAAGAGGUUCGUGUUUUGCGUAACACCGAAACAUGGCACAGAGUAAACUGAAUGAUUUGGCCGGAAAGUUCGGCAAGGGUGGGCCACCCGGAUUGACCACCGGACUGAAGCUGUUGGCUGCCGUCGGAGCAGCUGCCUAUGGCAUCAACAACUCCAUGUACACCGUUGAGGGUGGUCAUCGGGCGAUCAUUUUCAAUCGGAUUGGCGGUAUCGGCGACGAUAUCUUCAGCGAAGGUUUGCAUUUCCGCAUCCCCUGGUUCCAGUACCCGAUCAUCUACGAUAUCCGGUCCCGGCCCAGGAAGAUUUCCUCCCCGACCGGUUCGAAGGAUUUGCAGAUGAUUAACAUCUCGCUUCGAGUGCUUUCGCGACCUGAUGCCAACCGUUUGCCUAUCAUGUACAAGCAGCUGGGUCUGGACUACGACGAAAAGGUGCUGCCAUCGAUUUGUAACGAAGUGCUUAAGAGUGUGGUUGCCAAGUUCAACGCCUCGCAACUGAUCACCCAGCGUCAGCAGGUUUCGCUGCUGAUCCGUAGGGAACUUGUCGAACGGGCAAAGGACUUCAACAUCAUCUUGGACGAUGUGUCAUUGACUGAGCUUAGCUUCGGCAAGGAAUAUACGGCUGCGGUCGAAAGCAAACAGGUUGCCCAACAGGAAGCCCAGCGAGCGGCUUUCCUCGUUGAACGCGCCAUUCAGGAACGACAGCAAAAGAUUGUCCAAGCCGAGGGUGAAGCCGAGGCCGCGAAAAUGUUGGGUGUUGCUUGUAGUCAAAAUCCAGGCUACCUGAAGUUGCGAAAAAUUCGGGCUGCCCAAAAUAUCGCUCGGACGAUUGCCAACUCUCAGAACCGUGUCUACCUCUCUGCCAACAGUUUGAUGUUGAACAUCUCUGAUGCCGAAUUUGACGACAUGUCCAAGAGAGUCUCAAAUCAUAACAGUUCAGAAAUUGAUGAGUUGGAUUUAUAAAAUCCUUAAAUGACAAAAAAUAAAUUGGUAAUCACUACUGCCCAUCUACUGCGAUCACUGCUUGCUGGAGGAGAAACCCAACCGUUAAUCGAAGUUUUCUGUGGACCGGAAUCCGGAAACGCCAAUUGAAAUUCGACUGAAUCAUUGCGAAUGUGCGUCCUGUUUCCAAACGUGCAGGAAGAAAUUGUAGCUUUAUGGGCUGUACAUCAUAGUAUCAUAGUCAAGAGCAGAUUCAACGUUACACAUCCCUGCAUUUAGUAGCUAAGCAAGUUAAAAAUUCCACAAUAAUAAACUUCCCUUCUUUUAAGUUUGGUUAA